CUUCGCCCCCGCCGUGUGGUUUUGGCAGGCGAUCUGGGACUGCAUGUGCACGAUAGAGCGAUGGGAGCCGACCUUUCUCUAUCCUGGCAGACCACCACAUGAGCUCAUCGCGCUGAUCAUUCUCAACACACCCAUCACUGACACUGCGACCUUUCGUCAAAUCUGGUUUAAAGCCAGCUACAGAGUCUGUGCAGAUGGUGGCGCAAACCGUUUGCUCGCCGCCUCCGAGGCAAUGCGCCAAUCCUUCGUACCCGAUCUGAUCAAAGGAGACUUGGACUCUAUAAGGCCGGAUAUAAAGCGGCAUUUCGAGCAGUUGGGCGUGCCUAUCGUCGAAGAUCCUGACCAAUACGCAACGGAUCUCGGCAAAUGCGUCAAAGCAGUCGCAGAGCAAGACGCUGCAAAGCGCACAGAGCAUGUUAUCGUCAUUCUCGGUGGACUGCAAGGCCGGCUCGAUCAAACCAUGCACACUUUGCAUGCCAUUACCAAGCUUGCGAAGACUCGGAAGCGCGUCUGGGUCGUCAGUGAAGAGUCUCUCGCCUGCGUGCUCGACAAGGGUGAACACGAGCUUGUCAUCGAUCAGCACAUACUUGGGCCGACCUGCGGGCUCCUGCCGAUAGGUACAGAUUCUGCACUUGUCACAACCAAGGGCCUCGAAUGGAAUCUCAGUAAAGCUACAGGCGAUACAGAGACAAGCAUGAGCACGAUGGUCUCCACGUCUAAUCACAUCGUCUCAGAUCUCGUACAGGUGACAACAAACAGACUGAUAGUGUGGACUUGCGCCAUAUUGGCUUCGUGA